UUGUGUUCGAUCCUGUGGUGAGUGACAUUUCGGGCUAUUGAAUGAUUAUGAUUAUUGAUGUACGUUCGAAUGUAACAACAUAGAAUAAAUUACUUCAGGCCGAAAUUGUAUGAGAAUUGAAAUAAAUAAAAACGCUUGACAAAAUAUUGGACAAAAAUAUCGCUUCUGAGACAUUGGAAUUUGAAAAUAUUUUUCAUAACCCAAUUUAAAAAAAAUAUCAACGUUGAUUUCUCACCAAUCAAAUAAGAACGAAGUUGCCACCAAACAGUCGUCGAUGAAUCAUUUCAAUUCUAUUGGUUGGUGCACAAUGCACAUAUUGACUUUGAAUGGUGCACAUUUCGAAAUGUCAUUUAUUGUUGGAACAGGUUUGAGCACGCAUUGUCCAUUUGCCGAUAUCACACAAAAAAGGAAUUGACGAAAUUUUCAAUUGUGGUAAACAAUUCUGGAAGUUGAGCUUCUUGAAGGUUCAAAGAAAAUUUCAUUUUGUUCAGCUCGUGAAGAAACCAUGUCGAAGAAGCGCGUUCUAGAAAAUCACCAAGGUGAAACAGAUCCCGAACCGAAACGUCAAAAGCUGGAAUUAUCGAUUGGCACCGUCAGCGACCGAAAUUCGGAGAUGAUCUUCAACACCGAGUUAAUCGAUCUAAAUGGGGAUUGUCAAGAAGCGAUUUUCCAGCAUCUGGAUCUCGUCGAUUUGUUGAACAUAGCCGAGAGUCAUGUGAAUUUUUUGAAAGCGGCCGGCUACAUGUAUUCGCGACUCUACAAGGACAAAACCAUCCGAAUCAAUGGAAAACGUUGUGCCAUGGGUGUUUUUUUCAAAACUCAUACCAUCAAAACCGACUAUAUUGAGGUGAAUGAUCACCAUCUGUGUUCUCAACUCCUGUCUAUUUUUGGUGGUCACAUCAAGAACCUGUCAAUCAACUUCAACAACACGGCCCCCAUCGAGCGCUUCUUCAACGACGGGGUACAAGCCCAAAUCAAUGAAUUUUGCUCCAGUUCACUGGUUGAGCUCACCAUCGAAAAUUGUCAACACUUUUCGAGCGAAGCGUUCAUGCGACCAUUCCGUGAAGUUCGUUACCUUUCCAUGCAAAAUUGCAAGCUCCCAUUUGAUACGGAUGAGUUCUACCGGAUCUUUCCAUGUCUGACCCGUUUAGAGCUGCUGAAAAAUACCGCGGUCAAUCCAAGCUUCAUCGAACAACACAUUCCGGGUUUGGAACACUUGGCGUUGGAAGUCAACUACAAGGGAUUCACACAAAAAAAUAUCUUGACAGCUUUGUGCUUCAAUCAACAACUGUCCCGUUUGUACUUGAUGUCACAUGUCAACACAGAAUUACUUCAUUCCAUCAACGAAUUGAUUCCGAAUUUACAACAUUUGCAGUUGGUCAUUUUGUUCGGCCAAUUCACUGGCGACAAAUUGAUCAAUUUCAAGCAUGUUCAGAAGGUGAAGCUGACAACGGACUGUGACCCAUUCAUUGAUAUACCAAUGAAAUUUGAUCAGCUAAAAGAGCUGGAUAUUGUGGCUAAUGGGGGUUAUGAAGAUGGUUUUAUCAACUUUAUCAUCCGGAAUAAACAUCUGACCAAAUUGAGCAUCACCGCACCCAGCUGGAAUGAAAUUGAACUCAGCGACUCCGAUGUGACAACACUUGGCCAAGAACUCAAUCUCACAGAACUCACAUUUCAACGAUGCUAUAUCACAGACAACGUAGCCAUCGAUCUCAUGAAUGAUUGCAAAGUGUUACGCAAAUUGCAAUUUGAUCUGAUGGAACCAUCGGAAGAAUUGAACUUGAACAUCAAACAUAACGACUGGAAUGUGAUCAAUGUCAGCGGAACGGUUCAAUGUGAACGGAGAUAGUAAGGUUACCGUAUUGAUUGAUUCAAAAUGAACUCUUGCAUUCUCGAAUGAAACCAAUGAGCGUGACGGCAAUAAAAUUUUGACGAUUUAAACAUUAGAGCGACUAUUUACAUGCUAUGUUACUAAAUACAUACAGCCAACAUAAAUUAUCAUAAUGAUAAAUUCAAUCUGAAUUCACAAUAAUGUUGAAAAUAUUCCAUGGAUAUAAUUUUUUUUAUCGUAAAAAACUUCUCGAAGAAAUAUUAUAAUGAAAAAUUAAGAAAUUAAUUAAGGAAUUCGCUUCGAUAAAGUAUACACUCAUUUGUUUUCCAUAGAACAACGACCUCAAUUUUCAAGCGAUAAUUUUAUUUUUUUUUUUGAUAAAAAUGUAAGAAAAAUUUUACACGCGUACCAUUCGAUAAAAUAAAAAUUUAUAUAAGAAUUUACCCAUAUUUUUUUCGAUAACAAAUCGCCAUUUACGCACAGGGUAAGUUGGUUUUUUUUUCUUCUGUCGAUAAUCUCCGAAUUCAGUCAACCGCUUGAAUUUUUUUUUUUUUGGAGUUUGAGAUUUGGUAUAAAUACGCCCAGAGCAUGCUCAAUUCAGUGAAGGAUAUAUUCCCAACGCGAACGAUUACAACUGGAGAAAAAGUAAAAUUUUGUGCUUGAAAUUUUUUUGAAAAAGAUGUCACUACCAAGACAUAUUAUCGAACCGUAUUUUGUGAAGUGUUUACUGGUUGCCGGUAUAUUACUUCAAUCAACACAGAUAGAAGUGUCUGCAAAACCAAUUGUUAAUUUCAAUGAAAAAGAUUUAUAUGUUACUGUAGAUGCUGAGCACAUAUGGAAUAAAAAUCACAUCACUUGGUGUCUGAGGAAUCGUUGGAUAAAAAACACGAAUGUUAAUGAUGUGAAACAGGUUUUGAAUAAGGCGUUCAGCAUUUGGUCAGAUGAAUCAACUUUGACAUUCGAUGAAGCCGACUGUGCGGUAGCUGAUUUUCAUGUUUCAUUUGAGAAAAACUUCCAUGCUUGUUCUUUGCAUUUUGGACCUGAACGCUACCAAAAAUCACAUUCAUUUCCUCCAAGCUCGCACCGUGCAGGCGACAUACAUUUUCUGGAUGGAGAAAAUUGGAUAUUGUUUAACGAAAAAGAACAUUCAACAAAUGGUAUUGAUUUGAUGUCAACAGCGCUGUAUGAGAUUGGUCGUGCAUUGGGUCUCAAUACCGCAAGUACAAUAAUGUACCAUGAAAAUGGACAGAAAAUUCACGAUGACGAUAUUCGGCAAAUUCAAAAACUAUAUGGAUCGCCAAAAAUUGAUUACGAGGAUGGGGACAUAAUUGAGAUAGAUUUCAUAGAAUUCACGAACAAGUAAUGUCAGAAUUAACGACAUCGAUCGAAUAAAGUACUAUAAUUGAAACUACAACAAACCGUGAAUACAGAGCCCGCUUUUAUAAAACCAUCAUCAAGUAUAUAACAAGUGUAGCCAUUUCGUGGACAUGAACACCAUCACCUGAAACCACUUUAACUACUUCGGCUGCCGGCACUUAGGAUCGCAAUAAUCAAUGGAUCAAAAUGGAGAUAAGAACAAUUUUAUGGUGAUCAAAAUUGAAGACGAUCGAAUGAAAGUCAUGAUAAAAUAUUCAAGUUUGCUAGAAGACGAAAAUUCCAUUGCAAUUGAUCGAUAUAUUGAGGCAAAUUCAGUCGUAAUCAUAAUUAUUAUAUAAUUGCAGCCGGUGACAAUGGCAUUGUGUUGCAUUGAGCUUAAGCUUCAUCAAAUCAAUUGAAUUCUCUAUAAAAUUGUUUGAAGCGAUGAUAAAAAAUCACCGUUUUUUUACCUUAAAACCCGAUUAUGAAUCCGAACAAAAAUACUCAUUUUAUACAAUUCCAUUUUUCUUAAACUAUAGUUGAAGAUAAGUUGAUUUAGAUUCAACUCAACGACAAACAAGCAACUCAAAAUCGAUAAACAUAUAAAACGGCGCAUUAUGUCAAGUUGAAUUGAACGUGUAAUACGAUAUAUACAAAUAUUAAUAAUAUUUCCAUGAAAUGCUGUUCAGAUAGUGAUGGCUUCGAACGUUCGUUCGUUUGUUCGACAAUUUGAAAAAAUAUUUUUUGUUCGUUCGUUCCUUCGACAAUUUAAAAAAAAUAUUUUUUGUUCGUUCGUUCGACAAUUUUAAAAAAUAUUUUUUUGUUCGUUCGUUCGUUCGACAUUCAUUUUGUUCGAUGUUCGGUCCGAACAAAGUUUUUUUAUUUCAAAAUCUCCCGAAUAAAAUUGGUAUUACUAUGAAAAAUUAUAAUAAAAGCUAAUAAAAGCAUUAGCUGUAACGAUUACAUUAUAAAUUUGAUCAAUACAUCGAAUUUUCUGAUGUAAAAAAAUUUUGAUCGGACCGAACAUCGAACAAAAUGAAUGUCGAACGAACGAACGAACAAAAAAAUAUUUUUUCAAAUUGUCGAACGAACGAACGAACAAAAAAUAUUUUUUUUAAAUUGUCGAACGAACGAACAAAACCUUUUUUUAAAACCAUGUCGAACGAACGAACAAGCGUUCGAAAGUGUUCGACGGCCAACACUAUGUUCAGAUAUCCAAAUGCAAAAAAUAAUCUGAAUCGUUACCUUCAGAAUUACUAUUAGAAUAGAGAAAAAAUGUAAGAAAAAAUACUCACGAAUGGCAUUGUGAUAAAAUGUAAAUAAUUUGAUAACGGUGCUCGUACAGUAUUGAGCAUUGACUCAUUUCCGUUGAAUAAACCCAACCAAAUAAAGCUGUAAAAAUUGAGAUUCAAAUAAA